UUUUUUCCAGAUUUCAAAAAGGAUUGGUCAGACCACGCUCUCUGGUGGCCCACGCGUAACAAAUGGCUGUCCAGACCGAAGCACACACUGGACCAGUACGGUGUUCACGCAGAUGCUGCCCUCCAUUUCACACCGAUGCACAAACCCUUGAGAAUACAGUUGCCCGACUUGAGAUAUAUUGACUGUAAAAUUGAUUUCUCUAUCGACACUUUUAGCGCUGUGGUUCAACUCUGCAAAAGCCUUGGAAUACGGCAUCCAGAAGAACUCUCGCUGUGUUAUCCUUUGGAACCGUCACAUUUAAAGCAAAACUACCAGAACUUGAAAGAGGCAAAGAAGGUGAAGUCAAUACAAGCGCCAGACACAAACACGUUCAUCGCAGCCACAAGAGGCUCUUCGAACAGCCUGGACAGAUCCUUGGCUUGUCCUGCUACACCACCACCUCCUAGAUCGUUAUCCGCUACUCCUGUAACAUCACAACAGAAUGGUACACUACGUCGCUAUGGUGGCCAUAUCUACAGCACUCAGAGCGAUGGCUCCAGCGAUGGGGGCUACUGUGGAACACCCCCAAGAGCUGCGUCUCUAGAUGCAUUGGAUUCCCUUGCGGAACUGUCUCUAGCUGAUUCUCCUCUUGAACCAGACAGCCAAUCGCGGGAGUCACUUCUCACACCGAAAUCUUUGAUGGAACGUGCUAGAAUGAACGUUGGUUGGCUAGACUCAUCCCUAUCCAUAAUGGAGCAGUAUGUUCGAGAAUGGGAUACCUUACAGCUGCGGUUCAAGUUCUAUUCGUUCUUCGACCUCACCCCAAGAGCUCAAGAUGCAUCACGACUCAACCAACUGUACCAACAGGCCCGUUGGCAGAUCUUGAAUCAAGAAGUACACUGUACAGAGGAAGAGAUGUUACUGUUUGCUGCAUUACAGCUCCAAAUCGAAUUACAAACUCUAGCCGGUGGAGGCGUUGAUGCAAACGAUGGCUCUCAAGGCGCGGGAUCAACUAAUGCUCCAGAAGAUGAAAUUGAUGCUGCGUUAAGUGAACUACAAGUGCAAUUAGAAGGCGGACCACCCGCCCGACCUGAUAUCACCCAUGUCCCAGAACUAGCUGGAUACUUGAAAUAUCGAGGGUAGGUACAAAAUAAUUAAAAAAUAAUUGUGUUUGUUUUUAUACAAAAAAAACUACUCGAAAUAAAUACCCAUUAUUAGAGAUAUUUAAAAAACAUAAAUAGCAAUUCGUGACAGUCGUGACAUCUUUCAAAUCCAAAAAAAAAAAAAAUUAUCCAUAUCGGCACUACCAGCAAAAAGUUAU